CGGGACAGUUGAAUGAAUAUAAUCAGUAAUGAAAAUCCACCGGGUCGAAUAAGAUGUAAAAGACAAACGUGUUAUCAUCAGUAACCAAUCGUGGUUCACUUUUUGAUCACAGAUAUAUAUAAGCAAUAUAUGUAUGUACCUAUAAACAAUAGUUAGCAGUGCUUUACAAUAUAAACGCGACAAAUAUGUAACUGAAAAGAAGUCAUUAACAAGUGUCGUGCCUGUAUUAUCUAUAUUUAAUUUUUUGUGAUUUCGGUAAAUAACAGGUGCCCACAACAUGUUGAACAUUAAUCAAAUGUUCCAAAAAUUUUGCAGUAGUGGAAUAGGGCGAACAGCUUUUGCUGCAUUAUGCGCCCAUUCAGUGUCCAUAUCCGUGGGGAUUUGUCAAGGCUACAGUGCAAUAUUAAUUCCUCAGCUGGGUGACGAAGUAACAACUGAAGAAAGUUCUUGGCUAGCAAGUCUAGGAGCAGUGUCUAAUCCAUUAGGAUCAAUCAUAUCAGGUAUCCUGGCAGAUCAUGUUGGUAGAAAGAGGGCCAUGCAGAUAAGCAGUUUUCCGUUUCUAGUUGGCUGGGCAUGCUUAGGAGUUGCAAAUAAUAUUUGGUGGUUGUACGUUGGCAGACUGAUUACAGGGAUAGCAGCAGGAAUGUCGACCGCAAGCUACGCUUAUGUGGCUGAAAUAAGUCUUCCAGAACACAGAGGACCCCUCCAAGCACUCGGCCCAAUUUCAGCAUCGUUUGGUAUCUUCGUCACAUACACGUUGGGCUACUUACUUAACUGGCACUUAGUGGCCUUCAUCAGCGUGAGUUUCUGCAUAAUAACCUUCAUCAGUAUUAUUUUCAUCCCCGAAAGCCCCGCGUAUCUAUGCAGAAAAGGGCAGCGGGAACAGAGUCUAUCAGCACUCACUUGGCUGAGGAGGAACUCAGCGAUGGCGGAAGAAGAGUGCAGCAAAAUGGCUCCGAGUUCUUGCGCAGAAGAACCUGAGAAGAAAGUCAGUUUCAAAGAACUCUAUUUAAGUUCUGCAACGCUUAAGCCUUUCUUCAUUCUCGUGUUCCUGUUCCUGUGCCAGGAGGUGUCCGGGAUUUACACGAUCUUGUACUACGCCGUCAAUUUCUUUCAAGAUUCCAAUCUCGAAAUGAACGAGUACAUUGCUUCGAUAGUCGUUGGCGCUAUUAGGUUCAUCAUGUCCAUGGUGGCAGCAGUGUUGGUAAACAAAUACUUCAGAAGAACGCUUUGCAUGUGGUCUAGCGCCGGAAUGGGAAUUACCAUGCUUCUGGCAGCAUCCUACUUUAAGUAUUACGAAAUAAACUCGGAUGAAACCAGACAAUUCGCCCUCAUACCGUUGAUAUGCGUCCUGUUCAACGUGUUCUUUAGCAUGCUCGGGAUGCUACCGAUCCCGUGGAUGUUAGUGGGGGAAAUGUUCCCAGUAGAAGUCAGAUCCAUAAUGUGUGGAUUGGUGAUUUGUAUUGCCCAGAUAUUUAUAUUUAUAAGUGUGCAAGUGUACAACACGAUGAACUAUUACCUAAAUUUCAGUGGAACUUUGUUCGUGUUUUUCGUAGCUUCGUUUGCGUCGCUCUUCUUCUGUAAGUUCAUCCUUCCGGAAACGAAGGGCAAGACUCUUGAGGAAAUCCAAAGUUAUUUCUUGAACAAAAAACCAGAAUUGCACGGCGUAGAUAAUAACGCUUACGUUGUUGCCGUUGGGGACUUCGAAGAGCCCAAAAACGAAACGAGUAACGGUGACGACGAAAAUGUACAGACUAUUAAAAUGUCUUCGUGAUAUUAUUGUUACGUAUCAAUGUUGUUGUUAAUUUGAUUGUUAUUUUGUUAUUGUGCAAUUUACAAAUGUGAUAUUAAUUAUAGCAUUUUUAUAGACGUAUCUAGGUAUAAUAAUAUUAAAAAUGAAGGCUACCACCAGCAAGAAGUACAUGUAGCUAAUCAUACAGUUCGUUUCAAAUUUUUGACUUCAUUAACAUGAGUACGUAUGGAAUUUGCUAUAAUAAAAAUGUUUUGAGAUUUGAA